AUGCCCGCGCGCACCUCGGCGCACACGCCGACCUCCCUCACCAGGCGGCCAUCCAGCACGCACGCGCGUCCUGCGCCGCACCGCGCCCCUCCCAGCUCAGCGCCGCUCGCCCCCCGCCGCGCGUCACCCGCGCCCUUCCGCUCCCCCCACGCCCCCGCACCCCUUUCCCGCACCCAAACGAUGGCCGAAGCGAGCGGCGACACCGCCGCGCCGGCGCAGCUGCUCUCGCACCGCAUCGAUUCGUACAGCGCCGUGCACAUCCACGCCGACGACCUCCCGGACGCGCCCGAGGAGUUCGCGACGCGCCUGGACGCCUCCCUCGCCGCCUGGCGCGAGGCCGGCUGCCGGGGCAUCUGGCUGUCGCUCCCGACCGCGCGCGCCGCGCUGGCGGGCCCCGCUGCGGCGCGUGGCUUCGACUUCCACUUCGCGGAGCCGGGGCGGCUCGUGAUGUCGACGUGGCUGCCGGAGGGCGACUCGCGGCUCCCGCGCGGGCCGUCGUCGCACGUCGGCAUCGGGGCGUGCGUGUGCGACCGCAAGGGGCGCGUCCUGGUUGUCAAGGAGAAGCGGUGGAAGGACAUGGAGUGGAAGCUGGUGACGGGGCGCGUGGACCCCGGCGAGGACGUGACCGCGGGCGCGGAGCGCGAGGUGCUCGAGGAGACGGGCGUCGUCGCGCGCUCGACGUGCCUCCUGUACAUGCGCCAGGGCCACGGGCUCCUCCUGGGCGCCUCGGAGUGCUACUUCAUGGUGGGGCUUGUUGUCGAGGACGCGGCGUCGCAGGCGCUGCGGUCGCAGGAGGAGGAGAUCCACGACUGCACGUGGGUGGACGCGGAGGAGUGGGCGGCGCGCCCGGGGCGGCGCCACCGGCCGAUCGUGGCGCACAUGAGCGAUUGCGUGGUGGCGUUCGCGCGCGCCGUCCGGGAGGGCCGCGAGGCGGGGGUCGGGCUCGCGACGACGGGGCUGCUCGCGGUGAGCAAGCCCGGGGACGAGCUCGUCGCGCACCUGCCGGACGUGCCGAAGCCCGACGUGGACGGCCCCGUGGCUGACAAGUGGGUGUGA